GUCCAAGCUCGUUGGAAAGUCUCUUUCAGCCAUUACCUUUUUGAUACACAGGUCGCAUUUUUCACAUCCUUCUUUAAGUCUUAAUAACACACCUCCCAUUCGCGCGCUUUGCCAUACAUGACGUUCGUGGAAUUAAUAUUAGCCCUGUUUCUCUCAGCCCGUCCCUCCCUCCGUUCCUCAUAGUGCUUCCAGAUAAUCAAGCAUUCACAUAUAAAUUAAGCUUGUUGGGUCGUAUGCAUCCAUCCUUCCGGAAUGCAUACAACCUGUUCGAAAAAAUUACCCACCGAAGUUGUUUCAUGAGAAGCUCAAUGUUGAGAUUCUACUACACUACUAUGUGCAACAGCCAUGCAUAUUUAGAAGACCCAGUCGAACUCUUUGGUGAAAAAGAGAGUGUUAUAUCUUGGACGUCUAAGAUAUCCGGAUUGGUAAGGAAAAGUCAGCCGGAGGAGGCUAUUCAUAUGUUUAAAAUGAUGUUAUUGAGUGAGAAUAGGCCAAAUUAUGUUACAGUUUUGAGCUUAAUAAAGGCUGUUGAUGCACUGAAUUGUGAGGAUAUGGUGCAUGAGAUUCAUGGGCUGGUGAUUAAAAUGGGGCUUGAGUUGGAAAUCUCAGUUGUAACAUUGCUUCUUUGUGUUUACUCUGUUUGGGAUUUGGAAAUUGUGUGGAAGCUCUUUGAUCAGAUACCUAAUAAGGAUUUAGUCCUAUGGAGUGCGAUGGUUUCUGUGUGUGUUAAGAGUGGGCAAUUCAUGGAAGCUUUUGAGUUCUUCAGAGAGAUGCAAUAUUGUGGUAUGCAACCAAACUAUGUCAGCAUUGUAAGCAUCUUGCCCGGUUGUGCAGACGUGGGUGGUUUGUCACUCGGCAAACAGAUACAUGGGUUCUCCAUUAAAAAGGAAUUUUAUUCUCAUACAAAUGUUCAGAACUCACUGCUAGAUAUGUAUGCGAAAUGUAGGCGUUUAGAGGCCUCUAUUCGAAUAUUUAAUGGGAUCCAAAGGAAAGAUCUGAUUUCAUGGAAGAUGAUUAUUUGGGGUUGUAUUGAAAAUGGAUGUCCAAGAAAAGCAUUACUGAUCUUAUUGAAUAUGCUUGCUUGCACUGAAUUGGAUGAAAUCAUUGUCCAUGAUGCAAUUUUGGCAUGCUUACAAGCAGAAGAAGUAAAACUUGGGCCACAAUUUCAUUGCUACACAAUAAAAAAUGGGUUCCUGGCUUUUGUUUCUGUAUGCACCACACUUCUUCAAAUGUAUGGAAAAUUUGGUCAAGUAAGCUUAGCAAUGAAAUUAUUUGAUCAGCUCCAUUCAAAAGAUCUCAUUGCCUGGAGUGCAAUGAUCUCGACGUAUGCUCAAAGUGACUGUCCUUGUAAUGCUUUGGAUGCAUUUAAACAGAUGCAACUAGCCAAUGAGAAGCCUAAUGAGAUCACUUUUGUUGGUCUAUUACAAGCAUGUUCUUCCAUGGGAGCUCAAGAGCUUGUGCGAAGCAUACAGAGUCACAUGACUAAAUCUGGAUACUUGUCCAAUCCCUUCCUAUCAUCAGCCUUAAUUGACUCUUACUGCAAAUUUGGAAGGGUAAAUCAAGGGAGAGCUCUUUUUAAUGAAAUUCCUUAUAAAGAUCUUGUAUGUUGGAGUUCAAUGAUUAAUGGUUAUGGACUGAAUGGAUGUGGAGAUGAGGCUCUUGAAACUUUCUUAGACAUGUUGGAUGGUGGGAUAGAGCCCAAUGAGAUUGUUUUCAUCUCUGUUUUAUCCGCUUGUAGUCAUUGUGGCCUAGAACAUGAGGGCUGGAACUGGUUUUGUUCUAUGAAAGAGAAAUAUGGUAUUACUCCAAAACUGGCACACUAUGCUUGCAUGGUGGAUUUGCUUAGCCGCAGAGGAAAUGUUGAAGAAGCUCUGGAAUUUGUGAAAAAAAUGCCGAUGGAACCUGACAAAAGGAUUUGGGGAGCUCUUCUUGCUGGCUGUAGAUCGGCUGGCGGGUCCCUCGAGAUUGCUGAGCUUGUUGCCAAUCGGCUUAUUGGCCUUGACCCAAAAAAUACUAGCUAUUACAUGAUUCUGUCAAAUUUGUAUGCAGAGCAGGGUAAAUGGGAAGAUGUGGAGAGGAUGAGAAAAUUGGUGGAUGAGAAGGGAUUGAAGAAGACAACUGGGUCUAGCAUGAUUGAAGUAAAUUAAUUACUGUAUGUGAUCUAAAUCAAAUAUUUUCAGUUUUUGCAGGUCGAUUUGUCAACUAAUUUCAUUCUAUAUCUAAUCAAUGUUGUAAAAUGGCAGGAAUAAAUUUUAGAGCUUGUUUCUAAAAUAUGGAUAUUUAUUGAGUUGUUGAUUCUA